CACAAACACCUGCGUCAUUUCCUACACUCAGAGGGUCUGACAGCAUCCAAUUCAGCGCUCCCUGCCAGUUGCGCACAGAGAAGCUCCGUCGUAGAGACGCAACAGACUCAGAGUUCAUCCAGUGGACAAAAUAAACACGGGGAAGGUCACAUGUUAUUAAGAUGUACCGAUUGAUGAUUUAAUAACAAAGAAAGCCUUCUAAGGAUUGUAAUCUGCUGUCGGAUAUUACACUGGACACUAUCUGAGUCGCUACAGCUCGUCCCGGUGAAGGCUGCGAUAAAGAUUGCACGGAUUAAAAGGAAACCGCAAAGAAAAAAAGGUCAUUUACUUUGUUCACUGCCACAAGAAAAGAAACAUUGAGUGGGAAGAUGGUUUAUUUCGGGCUGACACAUCUUGUGCGGCGUACAUCAAUGCCUUUACGCGCGUAGAUCACCGGUCACCUGUUGAAGUUGCCCGAUGCGCGGUGAGCUGCUUCACUUUUUGCUUUCAAACGGGAGGAUCGACUUGAACACCGCUUUCUACCAAAUGAUCCGUCCUCCGGUCUGUAUGAUGCACUGAUUCUCCGUUAUGUUGUAGGAUGAGCGCUGAUCUGGAGCGCGUUUCGCUCAACACAUCACUGAACCCGGCCGGCUCGAGCGGCCGUGCGCUCUCGGCAAACGUCCGGAGGCUCCACAACGCUCUCAACCUGCUGCUCAGCGACCUGGAGAGAGAGCAGUUCAUCCACUGCCUCAAUGUGUACCACGCCAAGCGCAACGUCUUCGACCUGGUCCAAACUCUCAAAGUGAUUCUCAACACACCCGGCAAACGACAGCUGCUUCCCAUGCUGCGCCUGGUCAUCCCGCGCUCCGACCAGCUGCUGUUCGACCAGUACACGUCCGAAGGACUCUACCUGAAGACAGAGCUGCUCCCCAGUAACGGCAGUGCGGAGGGGUUUGGAGACGAGGCCGAUUCAACUCUGCAAAAAUAUGUCAGCUCCAUCCACGACCAGCCCCUCACCUCCUCGGGCUGUCCGGACGGUUUCAGCGCCGCCGCGGAACAGUCGGCUCCGGUGGCGCCUCAGUUCUUCGAGAGCCCUUUCGGAGAGGUGCGUAAAGUCACCCUGACGCGUUCCAGGAGCCACGAGGGUCUGGGCUUCAGCAUCCGCGGAGGGUCGGAGCACGGCGUGGGGAUUUACGUGUCCCUGGUGGAGCCCGGCUCAUCGGCCGAGAGAGAAGGACUGAGGGUCGGGGACCAGAUAGUGACCGUGAACGACCUGAUAUUUGACAAUGUCACUCACAUAGAGGCGGUGAAGGUGCUGAAGGGAUGCAAGAAGCUGGCCAUGUCAGUGUGCUCUAUGGGCCGGAUCCCUGGAGGAUACAUCACCAAUCACGUGUACAGCUGGGUGGACCCUCAGGGCCGGAGCGUCUCCCCACCACCCGACAACCAGGAGGCCAAUCAGAGGCAAGGGCACGGCAUGGAGGAGAGGACGGUCAACCUGAAUAUGGACGAUGGUCGCUCUCUGGGCCUAAUGAUCAGGGGUGGUGCUGAGUAUGGACUGGGGAUCUACAUCACUGGAGUGGACCCUGGAUCUGCAGCAGAUGCCGGUGCACUUAAGGUGGGUGACCAGAUCCUGGAAGUGAAUGGGCAGAGCUUUGUCACCAUCUCCCACGAUGAGGCGGUUCACAUCCUCAAAACAGGGCACCACCUGCUGAUGAAGGUGAGGGAUGUGGGUCGUCUCCCUCAUGCACGCACAGUGGUGGAUGAGACCAAAUGGAUCAGCAGUCAGGCCAUAGCCGAGACCAACGCUACAGUCAACCCAAGUUCAGUCACCAACCCUGCUGUCAAUGCCGGCAUCCUCCCUAGUAUCAGUGCCAGUGCCUGCAAUUCAAGACCAUCUUCUGCAAGAGCCACACCUGUACUAGGAAAGCCGGCGGUUUACAGGGGUGCCGGCCCGCCUGGAGCCCAGGUGUCUCUGGAGCAGCAGGCCUACAUGCUGCUGACAGAGCUAGAGAGACAGACCAUGGCCUACUACCUCCAGGAGUACCAGGAGGGACACAUAGGAGUGGAGCCUCUGGCCAUGGCUCUGUUUGAGCUCUUCAACACACACGCAAAGCUGUCCAUGCUGUCUGAGGUGAGGAGUCUGGUGGCCCCCCACGACCUUGAAUUGUACGACGGACUGGUGUUGCACCGCGAAAGGGAGGCCCACCAGACCUGGCAUGGAGGCCUGGGAGUUCUUCAUCCACAGGGCCACUGCCUUCAUGCAGCCCCUGUGAUCCAUGAUACUGGACACACCACCCCUGCCAAGGCUGACGGCUCUGUUGGUAGCUGGGCAGAAAAAGACCAGGAGGAGAUCACUAAUGCCUUACAAAACAUCGCACUGGAUGAAAUGCAGGCUGCAGGUGAAUCUCCUCCACCCUUCAGGUCUACUCCUCUCCAGGCACAGAGCAGGCCGUCCAGGGAGAAGGAGCUGAAUCGGAAGCCUUCAGCCCGACUGGUGCAGCCCAGCUCCAGCCUGCUCUUCACUGGUCCCACCCGGCUGCUUCAGGACUGCCUCCACAAGUCACUCAAAUCCCUCCCCGCAAUCCACCAGCCAUCCCAGGCCUCAGCCCACCACACCUGCACUGGCCACCAUACUUCCCUCAACUCACUCCAUCAUACCUGCCACAGUUCCCUCCAGCUCUCCGACUCUGAUCCCCACAGCCACCCCCACGUUGCUCAUCACCUCCACCACCACAGCCGGCCCAGUUCAGGUCACCACACCUGCCCAGGCUUCUCGCACCACCGGGACUCCUCCGGCUCCGCUAAGCCAGAGGCGUCUGUCAAACUCUCUUCUAGAUCAUCAUCUUAUGAGAAAUCCUCCAUCUUGUCGAAAUCCGCAUCCUCUUCAAUUGCUGCCUCACCCAUGCCCUCUCCUCAUCCAUCACCUCAUCCAUCACCAUGUCCCUCCCCGUGCCCUUCUCUCAUCACACCUGCUGCUCCACCCUGCAGUCCUGACCGGCCUUGCUCACCUGCCCUCAUCCAGAGAGUCAUCAUUACAGACAUGAACCGGCUGUCUGCAGACACCAGACCACAGCAAAGAGGGGCCACGCUGUCCCAGCUGUCAGACAGUGGCCAGACUCUGAGUGAGGACAGCGGGGUGGAUAUAGCCGAGGUGGGAGGCCUCAGUAAAGACGGCAGCCCUCGACCCAACAAGAACCAGCAGGGCCAUCCAGAGCAGCAAGGGGCCCACGCACCUCCUCCAGGGGCCACCAGACAGCAGACUGGCUCACCGGUCCCUGCACCCACUGCUACACUGGUGCGAGUGAUGAAAAACGCCAACACCCUAGGUAUCGCUAUAGAGGGAGGAGCCAACACACGCCAACCUCUGCCACGCAUAGUAACCAUCCAGAAAGGAGGCUCAGCUCAUAACUGUGGCCAGCUGAAGGUGGGUCAGGUCAUCUUGGAGGUCAACGGCAUUUCCCUGAGAGGUCGGGAGCACAAGGAAGCAGCCCGGAUCAUCGCAGAGGCCUUCAAGACCAAAGAAAAGGACCACAUUGACUUCCUGGUGGUUGAACCGGGACUCUAGUAUGAGGACUUUAAGCAGCUUGGCUGAAGGAGACACCUAAGGGAACCGAAUGAACUCCAUAUGAUAUUGUCAUCUAAUCAUGGCCCUCAUUUCAAUUUCAGGGAAAGGAUAAGUGGAAAGAUGUGUUUGGUAUUUGUUGAUUGCACUCUUCAGAGUUUUGCACAAUGUCAUUUGAGAAAGGGGUCUUAUAUUAAUAUUUGCCAUAAAAGUCAUACCUGAGUCAAA